GGCAAUGCCAAGCUGAUUUAGUGGCAGUCAUUUGACUGACAAAAGGAAUGUCGUGCUAUGUUACAACAAAAGUAGCUUCAAAACCCUAGGUAUUGGAACUUCACGUCAGAUAGCUCGGGCUGUACUGUCCUCCCCACCUGGCAAUAUAGUAUGAACAUUGAUGCUUUAUGAGAAACAGAUGUAUGCUAGGGAUGCCAAAUUAGUCAAGGAAAGUGAUGGAGAUGAGAAGAAUUGCGGCAAGAAGAGGCAGCAGCCAGCUAGCAGCAAGGGAAAGGGCCAGAAGAAGCAGAAGACGCUAGCAGUGAAGACCAGAAAAUCUCCCCGAAAGAGGAUACAAGAGGAAGAAGGCGGUGCCAGUGGUACGGAGGGGGGGCAAUCAGAGAUAUCCGAUGCUGAGUCCAUGGCGUCCCGGGCGUCCCAGGCGUCAAAGUCGUCGCAGUCCAAGCCCACGUCCUCGUCCAAGUCCAAGUCCUCGUCGGCGUCUGCGUCGCGGCGAGCCGUUGAUGUGCCGAUAGAGGAGAUCACCCAAGACCAGAUGUAA